CCGCCACCACCAUCACCGCCCGGCCUGCCGCGCCCCUCCCAGCCGCCCGCCCGCAAUGGCGUCCGCCUCCCGCGCCGCGACGCCGCUGCUCAAGGACGAGCUGGACAUCGUCAUCCCGACGAUCCGCAACCUCGACUUCCUCGAGAUGUGGCGGCCCUUCUUCCAGCCCUACCACCUCAUCAUCGUGCAGGACGGCGACCCCAGCAAGACCAUCCGCGUCCCCGAGGGCUUCGACUACGAGCUCUACAACCGCAACGACAUCAACCGCAUGCUGGGGCCCAAGGCCUCCUGCAUCUCCUUCAAGGACUCGGCCUGCCGCUGCUUCGGAUACAUGGUCUCCAAGAAGAAGUACAUCUACACCAUCGACGACGACUGCUUUGUUGCUAAAGAUCCAUCAGGAAAGGACAUCAAUGCACUUGAGCAGCACAUCAAGAACCUUCUGAGCCCAUCAACUCCAUUUUUCUUCAAUACUUUGUAUGACCCAUACCGUGAUGGUGCCGAUUUUGUUCGUGGGUACCCCUUCAGCCUUCGCGAGGGUGUCCCAACUGCCGUUUCCCAUGGGCUUUGGCUCAACAUUCCAGACUAUGAUGCCCCUACCCAGCUUGUCAAGCCCCUUGAGAGGAAUAAGAGGUAUGUGGAUGCUAUUCUUACAAUCCCAAAGGGCACCCUCUUCCCUAUGUGUGGAAUGAACCUUGCAUUUGACCGUGAGCUCAUUGGUCCUGCGAUGUACUUUGGUCUUAUGGGCGAUGGCCAGCCUAUUGGUCGCUACGAUGAUAUGUGGGCAGGAUGGUGCACCAAGGUGAUUACAGAUCAUUUGGGCCUGGGCGUGAAGACUGGCUUGCCCUACAUCUGGCACAGCAAAGCAAGCAACCCGUUUGUGAACCUGAAGAAGGAAUACAAUGGCAUCUUCUGGCAAGAGGAGCUCAUCCCCUUCUUCCAGUCAGUUUCCCUUCCAAAGGAUGCCACCACCGUCCAGAAGUGUUACCUUGAGUUGGCCAAGCAGGUGAGGGUGAAGCUCGGUAAGGUGGAUGGCUACUUCAACAAGCUUGCAGACUCCAUGGUCACAUGGAUUGAGGCCUGGGACGAGCUUAACCCCCCUAAGGGUGGAGUCGCCACCGCUAAUGGCCCUCCCAAGAAGUGAAAAGGCAGCAAUGGAAUAACCUUUGCUUGUUCAUGUGGACUGUCAUACUGAAAGGAAAUACUGUUUUGGUUAGUGCUGAUGGACUGAGGUCGCUUCGCUGUAAUUCGAAAAGUUGUCACCUCCCUGGAAAACUGUCUUUGGUGGUUUUAGGUUAUUUACAUUUUUUUCCGUGUGAUGCGACAACAGGUGUAAUGUCGGAAUUGGAUUACCUCCAAAAUAGAAUAAAGUUACUGGUUAUGCUAUUGAUCUUUGACCUAA